AUGGAUCUUUUAGCUGAAGUCUUAAAACCCAUUCCGCUGGUGGUCUGGGGCGGACCUGCCCUAGAACAUUGUGGGGUAAAGGCGUUUAUCCGGGGCUAUAUAUUCAUCGUAAAUGAAUGCGACCGCGACGUUGCUGAGGCAAAACUGCUUAACGCUGGAUUCGUCCGCGCAAGCUGGUCAUGGGGUUCUUGUAACCCUACCGAACUACAGAACUUUGAUGAUGAAACAAAGCGUGUGCACGAGAACUGCAUCCCACAAUAUGAAGACAUCGAUAAACAUUCUAUCCGUUUCGCGUUUCCGCCGAUUUAUAAUCGCAUUGGCAACGAACCUGUUGCCCUUAUCCUUCCUUCCUUUGCAGGGCUUGGUCCGCCACCUUUAGGAGACAGAGAAUUAAGCCAAGGAGGAACACAACAAGAGGCAGAGCUAAAACAGCAAAACGAAAUACCACAAGAAGCAUUGCUACGAGAAGAAGAGCCGCUUCAGGAAACCACACUAUCUACAGAGUCUAAGCCACUUCCAAGGCCCGAAUCACGUCUAGAGCCAGAUAACCUACGACCAGGAGAGGGUCUACAUGAUGCGAAAACACCACAAAACACAAAGAAUCCUCUAGAUGUAGAGCAACCCCACGAAAAAGGUGUAAACGACGACCCUAGAUUUACAUGCGUCGAGGGCUUCCUCUAUUAUCCGCGUCUUCCGGUUCUGCUUGAAAGCCUUAUUCGCGCUCGACUCCGCACUCCCGAGAAUAAAUUUGGCCUAUGGGUAUCGAUGCUAGAAGUUUGGGCCAUCCCGUAUCUAUGGGCACAAACCAUGGCACCAGAGGAUAUUCUAGACGGAAUCGAGGACGAGAAGAUUAAAGCGUGGUUUAACAAGGAAACCAAAAGGUUUGAAAGUGGCAUAGACCGGGUGACUAAUACCAAGAGGAAGGGACGGGUGCGAUCCACAAGACCCUUAGAGGAUUUAGAUCUUUUAUUCAAGACUUAA